AACCCCCAUGCCUCGCAGUGGAAGGAUCCAGCGCUGAGUCAGCUGAUGUGCUUCUGCCGGGAGAGUCGCUACAUGGAUCAGUGGGUGCCGGUGAUUAACCUCCCCGAGCGGUGA